CAAUAUAACUUAGGGUUUUUUCUUCAUUAUGUAUAAUUAUUAAAGUACGGAUUUCAGAUUUGCUUUUAACCUUUUUAUUGAUCCUCAAGCAACCUGAUCACUAUGUUUUUGAAUUCAGUUUACAGAUAUAUGUCAAAUAUAAACAUGUUAUAUAAAAAAACUGCAGGGAUCUGCAAAAGUCUAAAUAUUAAACAAAUUUUAUAAUAAAUAAAAUCGAUAAAUACAUAAUUUUGGUUCUCGUGACUACCAUUGUACCCCAGCAUAAGCAAACAAGCCUUAAAAUUUCCCAGAUGGCAACUGAAGGACUACAGAUGAAAAGUAGCUAUGUUUUAUGUUUUAUUUCAGGCAUGAUGAAGAAAUGCUAAAUGGAUACCGUAUCGGAUGUCACAUGUUAUGUUCAGUCGACGAAUUGAUAGAAAAAGACAAUGACAUUAAUUUUCCAGACCAGCAGGUGGCGGCUUCGACUUAAUUGAUGAUUUCUUUGGCAGCGUGGAAAGUUCUGCGUUUUGCGAAGAAAUUCCUGUUUGAACAGUUUUGUUUCUGAGACCCCGAGGAACUCCUUAUUAAAGCAGGUGAGGAAAGACUGAUGUUUAGUUUUUUCCAAGUGGGACUGAAGAUCGAAGGAAUCGAGUUCACUCUUCCCCUGCACACCUGCAAUGACAGCGCGGAAGGUCUUACCUCUGACCUUUGCCGUCCUUAUAUGCCUCCUUUUAUAUGCCUUUCUGUGGCAGCACAUCACGACUUAUAACAUCAGACGACAUUUCUACCAUGCUGCUCCAGCAACUUCAUUUGUUUGGAAAUAUGACAACCCUGCCUCAGUUACUGAACAAAGUGCCACUUUCAUGCGAAGCACAUGGAAAGUUGAGUCAGUAAUAAAAAAAAAUCAGUCUUCCAAAAGUCCUGCUGCGAGACCAUCCAAAAGCCGAGGAUUCAGAUACACCGAUACAAAUGAGGUCUUUGCAAACCCUUCACUGGGCAGCAAAACUUCCCCUAUACAGCAAAAUACAAUAAGUACAAAACUUUUCUCUAAACAAGGAAUUACAGAGGGUCAUCAGACGGACAGUGUUUCCCUCCAACGCCUGAUGUUUAAGGAAGCUUUUGUGAAAAUGCCAAAAUGGGAAUUUGAGGAUCUCUAUGUUCGAGAUGCUAGCCUCAACCAAACGUCUUGCCCAAAAUCAUUAAGGAAAAACACAGACCCUGAGUUUAAGAAGGCCUUCAUUUCCGACGUCCGGCUUUUCAUGCAGCCGGAAGACCUAAACAGGAAUGUUUGGAACCGGCUGUCACACUUCAACAAUCCCUUUGGCUUCAUGGGAUACAUGUACAAGGAUGUGAAAGAGGCAGUAGAUCUAAUCCCCAAGCUGAAAAGCCAUCAGCUCCUGCCGGUUCCUAAGUCAGGCUGCAUACGUUGUGCAGUCGUGGGUACUUCUGGAAUUCUUAACGGUUCCCGGAUGGGCCAGGAGAUAGAUUCUCACGAUUAUGUGUUUCGAAUGAAUGGUGCCAUUAUAAAAGGGUAUGAAGAGGAUGUAGGAAAUAAGACUUCAGUGUAUGUCCACACAUCACAUUCCAUUCUUGGUACACUCUAUGAGCUGGGGAAGUAUGGCUUUACCAGUAUCCCUACAGGUGAGGGCAUCAAGUAUGUCUUCUUACCAGAGGGGUUGCGAGAUUUCCAGUGGCUCCAUGGUCUGCUGAAUAAGGUGGAGGUGUCCAAGGGGGAAUAUCAGUAUCUAAAACCCUGGAUGUACUACCCUAACUCACUGGAUUUGAAUCGAUUCUAUGUCCUGCACCCAGAUUUUCUCAGAUAUGUAAAGAACAGGUUCAUGAGGUCUGCUCAGCUGGAGACUACUUACUGGCACUUCUACCGACCCACUAAUGGAGCGUUCACCCUGUUUCUGGCCCUGCAGACAUGCGAUGUGGUGGAUGCAUAUGGAUUCAUUACAGCCAACCACAGUCAAUAUCCAAACUACUAUUUUGAAAAGAUAAGAUCAUCCAUUGUUUUUUAUAUCAACCAUGAUUAUAAUUUGGAGAUUAAAUUAUGGGAGAAAUUACAUGAUGCCAAGGUCAUUAGAUUGUAUAAAAGGAAAGAAAAGGACAAUACUACAGACCAGUUCUAUUGAAAUUGCAAAAUAUUUUUUUCCUUCAUAUGUGUUCUGUUGUUUGUGUAAAUGUUUUGUAAUUUUUCCUUAUCCUGAGCAAGGUUUGUCUGUUUUCAAUUAAAUUAUACUUUCAACAAUA